GCAGAUCCAAGGACAGAGCGGCGGCGCGCGAGCAUCAGGUCACCUGAAAGUCCUCCGUCAUCGAGCCCGACCAGAACCGGGAGAACCGGAACCGAGCCGGGUUCGGACCCGAUGGAUCGGCGCUGAAGCAACAGGACGAGGCGGGACCGAGACCGCGGGUCCGGUUCUAGACACGGACUGACACAGAACCCAACCCAGUCAUCUUUGCCUUCACCGAACCGACCGGCACCAGAACCGAGCCGGAGCGUGACCCGUCUGAUCCAGACCGGGAGGAGAACCAAGCCCACGGCGGAACCAGAACCGGGACCUGGACCUGUAGCUGCAGCUGGAUCAUGGCGGCCCGCGGCGUGCUGCUGCUGGCCGCGCUGCACUGCUGCUCGGUGGCGCUGUGCGGCUGUGAGCCGCGCCUGGUCAACGUGGGCGCCGUGCUGAGCCAGAAGCGCUACGAGCAGGUGUUCAAGGACGCCGUGACGCAGGCCAACGAGCUGUACGGCCGGGACAAGUUCAAGAUGAACGCCAUCUCCGUCACGCACAAGCCCAACGCCAUCCAGAUGGCGCUGUCCGUCUGCGAGGACCUCAUCUCCAACCAGGUGUACGCUAUCCUGGUCAGCCAUCCUCCACAGUCCAACGACCACCUGACUCCAACGCCCGUCUCCUACACGGCCGGGUUCUACCGGAUCCCGGUGGUCGGCCUGACGACUCGCAUGUCCAUCUACUCUGACAAGAGCAUCCACCUGUCCUUCCUGCGGACGGUGCCGCCGUACUCCCACCAGGCCCAGGUGUGGUUCGACCUGAUGAGGGAGUUCAGGUGGAACCACAUCAUCCUGAUCGUCAGCGACGACCACGAGGGCCGAGCCGCCCAGAAGAAGCUGGAGACGCUGCUGGAGGAGCGGGAGACCAAGACUAAAAACAGGAACUAUGAAAACCUCGACCAACAGAACUUUGACUUCAGGAGAACACCCAAGGCGGAGAAAGUCCUGCUGUUCAGCCAGGACACCAACCUGACGACACUGCUGCUGGAGGCCAAAGACCUGGAGGCCCGAGUCAUCAUCCUGUCGGCCAGUGAGGAUGAAGCCAUGGCUGUGUACAAAGCGGCCCGUCAGCUCAACAUGACCGGUUCUGGCUACGUCUGGCUGGUUGGAGAGCGGGAGAUGAGCGGGAAAGCUCUGAGCGAAGCUCCUGAUGGCUUGCUGGGUCUCCAGCUCAUCAACGGGAAGAACGAGUCGGCUCACAUCACGGACGCCGUGGCGGUGGUGGCUCAGUCCCUGCAGGAGCUGUUUGAGAAGGAGAACAUCACAGAGCCGCCGCGGGGCUGCGUGGGGAACACCAACAUCUGGCGGACCGGGCCGCUCUUCAAACGGGUGCUGAUGGCAUCAAAGUACCCGGAUGGCCUGACGGGACGAAUCGAGUUCAACGACGACGGCGACCGCCGCUUCGCCACCUACAGCAUCCUGAACCACCAGAAGGCGGGGCGCGUCAUCCAGGUGGGAGUGUUCAACGGGACGCAGGUGGUGAUGAAUCCUCAGAGGAAAAUCAUCUGGCCUGGAGGAGAGACGGAGAAACCAGUGGGAUACCAGAUGUCCACCAGGCUGAAGAUCGUGACGAUCCACCAGGAGCCGUUUGUUUACGUGAAGCCGACGCAGAGCGACGGGACGUGUAAGCAGGAGCACACGGUGAACGGAGUCAUGAUCAAGAAGGUGAUCUGUACCGGACCCAACGGAACCAUCCCAGGUCAGCCCAUCGUUCCUCAGUGUUGCUACGGUUUCUGCAUCGACCUGCUCAUCAAGCUGGCCAUGAGCAUGAACUUCACCUACGAGGUUCACCUGGUGGCCGACGGCAAGUUUGGCACGCAGGAACGGGUGAACAACAGCAACAAGAAGGAGUGGAACGGCAUGAUGGGAGAGCUGCUGGGCGGCCUGGCCGACAUGAUCGUGGCGCCGCUCACCAUCAACAACGAGCGCGCUCAGUACAUCGAGUUCUCCAAGCCCUUCAAGUACCAGGGCCUGACCAUCUUGGUGAAGAAGGAAAUCCCCCGCAGCACUCUGGACUCCUUCAUGCAGCCGUUCCAGAGCACUCUGUGGCUGUUAGUCGGUCUGUCGGUCCAUGUGGUGGCAGUGAUGCUCUACCUACUAGACCGGUUCAGCCCGUUUGGAAGGUUUAAGGUGAACAGUGAAGAAGAAGAAGAAGACGCCCUGACCCUGUCCUCCGCCAUGUGGUUCUCCUGGGGAGUUCUGCUCAACUCUGGGAUCGGAGAAGGCGCCCCGCGCAGCUUCUCUGCCAGGAUCCUGGGCAUGGUGUGGGCGGGGUUUGCUAUGAUCAUCGUGGCGUCGUACACCGCCAACCUGGCAGCCUUCCUGGUGCUGGACCGGCCUGAGGAGCGCAUCACUGGCAUCAACGACCCCAGGCUACGUAACCCGUCGGAUAAGUUCAUCUACGCCACGGUGAAGCAGAGCUCGGUGGACAUCUACUUCCGGCGGCAGGUGGAGCUCAGCACCAUGUACCGCCACAUGGAGAAGCACAACUACGAGAGCGCCGCCGAGGCCAUCCAGGCGGUCCGAGACAACAAGCUCCACGCCUUCAUCUGGGACAGCGCCGUGCUGGAGUUCGAGGCGUCGCAGAAAUGCGACCUGGUGACGACGGGGGAGCUGUUCUUCCGCUCCGGCUUCGGCAUCGGCAUGAGGAAGGACAGUCCCUGGAAGCAGAACGUCUCUCUGGCCAUUCUCAGCUCGCAUGAGAACGGCUUCAUGGAGGAUCUGGACAAGACGUGGGUUCGCUACCAGGAGUGCGACUCCAGGAGCAACGCCCCCGCCACGCUCACCUUUGAGAACAUGGCAGGUGUGUUCAUGCUGGUGGCCGGCGGCAUCGUCGCUGGGAUCUUCCUCAUCUUCAUCGAGAUCGCCUACAAGCGGCACAAAGACGCGCGCAGGAAACAGAUGCAGCUGGCCUUCGCCGCCGUCAACGUGUGGAGGAAGAACCUGCAGGAUAGGAAAAGUGGUAGAGCAGAGCCAGAGUCCCAAACCUCUUUUAGGUCCAUCACUUCAACCUCCGACCUCAAACGCCGUUUGGCCCCCGGGGACGCCACGCCGUACCCGACGGACAUCACCGGCCAGCUCAACCUAUCGGAUCCCUCCGUCAGCACAGUGGUCUGAGAGAGAGAGAGAGAGGCGCAGAGGGCGAGCAAGCUGCACUGCUGCUGCUGAGCCACACUCACACACACACACACACACACUCACACACACACACACACACUCACACUCACACACACCCACCCACACACACCCACACACACUCACACACACACUCACACACCCACACACACUCACACACACACUCACACACACUCACACACACACUCACACACACACACUCACUCACACACACACACACACCCACACACCCACCCACACACACACACCCACACACACUCACACACACACACACACCCACACACACUCACACACACACACACCCACACUCACACACACACACCCACUCACACACACACCCACACCCACACACACACCCACACCCACACUCACACACACACUCACACACACACACACACACACACACACACACACACUCACACACACACCCACACACACUCACACACACACACACACACACACACACACACACACACACACACACACACACACACACACACACACAACACACACCCCUUACGUCCUUCGAUCUUUACCAAGACUUUGCGUUGACUUCCAUUAAUUUCUCAUGAUUUCUGUAGCCUGACCCAAACCCUAAGACAGCACAGGCCCCCAUGGGGCCCCAGGCUUAGGGCCCCAUGGGGGCCUGUGGGUCCUCACAGUGUAGGGAAAAUGUCCUUUCUGAUGUCCCCACACCAACAUGGUCAUAGCAACACACACACACACACACACACACACACACACACACACACACACACACACACACACACUCACGUAUUAAUCCACUUGUAGCCACCAGCUUCCUGCAACCACUCUUUUAUUUUGAAAUAAGUUGUACAGUUCUGUUUCCUGUUUCCUCAAACAUCCCGACCAGAUCCAGAACCAGCUUGGACUGGUUUUAAUGGUUGUAGCUCAUCAAUCCAUCAAUGCUGGUUUCUUUAAAUGUCACUUCCUGCUGUGACCAAUCAAAUUCCUGGGCUUUGCUAAGUGGGUGGAGCCUCUGAAGAAGGAAGGAAGCAGCUGUUUCCUCUCCAAUCAGCCUGCAGUGCCACCUUCUGGACUGGGAGCGCGUUGCUCAGCAUUCAGGAAUAAUUUAUCGUCUGUCUGGAGCAUCUGGCUGUCGGUUAAAUUCAGGUCACCAGUGUUUCCAGUUCAGGGCUGCACUGGAGGAAAUCACACAAGAUUACAUUUCUGCUUCUUUAAUGUUGAAAAUUUCCAGGUUUUUCAUGAUGCAGCAGCUUCAUGAUGUUGGAAACUGUGGCAGUGGAUCCAAGAGGAUCCAGUGGAUUCAGAGGAUCCAGUGGAUCAAAGAUGAUCUAAUAAAAGGGAGAAUUUAUUGGUUCAUUUGGUUAAAUGUUUCAAUUCAAAAUGAAGCCAGUAAUCAACUGAAUUAUUAGUUACUAAUGUUGAUCUUUUAUAAUAAGUUAAACUCAUUUGGUUCUGACCCACAAGUUCAACAUAAAGUUUCUUAAAAUCAAAUUGAGAAAAGUAACAUUGAUUUACAUGAAUGAUGGAAGUUGUUCAUCUUUAGGGGAAACUUCAAUUAUUAAACAGAAAAAUAAUUUCCUGUGUUGCGACUAGAAAGUUUCACUUGCAGAUUUUACCUCCAGCUGAUUCCUUGUUUUAUUUUUUUCAAAUAAUUUUUCAGCAUCUUAUUUUAUUUGACAUAAUUAAUUUUAUUAUUGUGUAAAUAUUUAAGUUUUUAAUCCAGAUUUUUUAGCUCAGUUUUAUUUCUAGACGAUGUUAUUGACCCAAAUCCCCAAUUGAUAAUUCUGAAGUCCCCGGUGGCAGCAGCGCCCUCUGCUGGCUGGAGGCCGAACAGACGAUAAACGACAGAGGUGCAGGAGUUUAUUCACUUAAACUCUGUUCAUGUUAUUAUUUCAAAUAACUAUUAACAGCUUCAUAAUUAAGUCAGAUAAGUUUUAGCUUCAGAAAAUAACUGAAUGAAUUUGUUCCUAAGGACUAAAUUCCCAGAAAGUCAGGAUAGCUUUGUGUUUUUCAGUUUUUUAACUCAUAAUAAUGGAAUUUAAACAGAGAUGCUGGUUUAUUGCCACCUUGUGGCUCUGAUGUUUAUUAAAUUCAACAAAUUUAAAGAGAAUAGAUCAUUUUGUUGCUUUUGAUCUGACAUAAUGAGGAUCAGCUGGAGUCCAUCCCUGAAUGGAAAUUUCCAAUCCAAUAUGGCCGCCUGCUUUCUUCCUCGUUUUUGUUUCAUUAAAUCCGUCCCACACACCAGCCGAGAACUCGAUCAGAACCGAUCCCAUCAAUGUAAAACGAAGGCUUUAGCCUGAAAUAAGCUAACCUUCCAGCAACCCUGGAGGCUCCUCCCACUUCCGGCCGCCUUGGCUCUGCUGAAACAAGGUCCGCCUCCUGCUGGAGUUCACUGGUUUCCAGUCUGGAGGUUGCCUGGGCCGGCGUUGGUGGGAUCAGGUUUGAAUCAGCCUGCAGACGCAUCGGACUGUGAUUGGACUGGGCCACUCUCCAUUACGUUUAUUAAUAAGUUGUUAAUAAAGCUACAUUUUCCAACUGGAACUGUUUUAACCUGCAGCUCAGAGACAAAAGAAACCAGUCUGGAAAUGAUCAACGUGACCUAAACUGGGUUUUUUUUUGAGGUCAGAAAGGUCAGGCUAUAAAAAUCUCUUCUGGAUGUUUUUCCAUUUUUAUUGCGUUUAUAAAUCAGCUGGGAAGCCAGGUUUUGUUAAUUAAUCACAGUUAAUUGACAGACAUUAUAUCAACCAAAUAAGCAACAAUGUAAAUUGCUACAUGUUUAGCAUUGAGAUGCUACUUUAGGCUACAUAGCUUCCCUGUCAGGCUAACUUCCGUUAGCACAACUUGAACACAACACUGGUCUUUUCCUGUUAGCAGAAAAAUUUUAACUCUUUACAAACUGUGACUGAUUUAGUCCUGGUCCUACAGAAAGUGCCAAAGUGAAAAUGUACAGAGUUGAUUUUCCAGUUCCUGCAUCUGCUGGUUUCCAGUUUUUAACCAGAUGAUCCCAAACGAUCCGCAGGGAUCAGAACCGGACCGAGCCGUCUGCAGGCUCAUUCAGCCAGUCGGAUGUUUUCCCAGCCGGCCCAGAGGGUCGGAACCGGGUCGGAACCGGGUCGGAACCGGGUCGGAACCGGGUCGGUUCCGGCGCUUACCGAUCCGAAACAGAGAAUCCAAAUAUAUUCUGAAUAAUUUAUUGAACCUCUAACAUCCGUUAUUAGAUAUGAUGAUGAGAAUCUUCUGAAAGGAAAUAAAACUAUUAAAUCAAAUGGUUCCGUUUAAUUGUUGCACUUUUUAAAUGUAUUUUUUGAUUCACUUUUAAUUUGACAUUUUUGUAUUUUUUUCAAAUUUCACUGAAUAGUUUUUUUAUACAAUGCACUAAAAUCCAGCCAAUAUAUUUACUUUGUUUGUUUUGUAAAACUUUAUAAAACAUUUAUUUACAUUUUUGUACCAGGAUUAUAAUAUUAAUUUACGUUAAAUGUAAUUAUUAAUGUGAUUACAGUAUUAUGUUUAAAUAGACCAGACAUUUUAUGACCACAGUUUUUAAUUCUACUUGAUUAAAAUUAUUGUCAUUUAAUUUUCUAAUGUAAAUUAUACAAUGUGUUAUGUAUUCCUGUAGAUAUACUGAUUGUAUAUUUAUUUUUAUUCAAAUUAUUGUUAUUUGAUUUUCAUAGUUUCAAUUGUACAAAAUGUUUAUUUUCAAAUUUGAACAAACUAUGAGCAUCUAAAAUGUGAAAACUCAAGAGAUCUUCUGAAAUUCUAUAUUUCUUAUUGAAUUCUGUACUUGAAGCUAUUUUCAUGUUAGUUGUGUGAUUCUGGCUCAAGUUGCUAAAACAGUUUAAGAAAUUGGAUCCUAGAAUCUGAACGUUCAGUUACUGAAUAAUCUGAUCGAUUUUCUAUUAAUUCAGUUGCACUGAAGUAAAUACAGGAGCAGCUCGAUCCGAGGCUUGCAUUGUGAUGUCACUGUGACGCCACUGUGACAUCACUGUGACGUCAUCGAGACGUCACUGUGACCUCGUGUUUUUGUAACGAAUCUAGAAUCAGCUGAUCUGACGUCAGUUUGUGACAGUAGAAGAAGAAGUUAUUUCCUGUCUGUAGUUUUCUGUAGCUGCUCUGUCACGGCGCUCUGUGAUUGGCUGGUUCUGUGAUUGGCUGGUUCUGUGAUUGGCUGGUUCUGUGAUUGGCUGGUUCUGUGAUUGGCUGGUUCUGUGGUCACAUGACUCGCUGUAAUGACAGAAACCUCUUUAAUGCACUUCAGUGUUUGUUGUUCCUGAGCUUGAUGUCGAUCCUGUUCUGCAGAAACAGUUUACAGUAAUAAAUAUUUAUUUCAAUUGAA